AUGUCGUCUUGGUAUGCUUAUUUUGGCUUCAACAAGGGCCAACAAUUGGAUCCGGUCGAAGAAGAAACAUCUGAAGCAUCUCCUCAAAUUGAGGAAAAGACUGUGGAAGAUGAGCUCGCUGAAGCGAUGAAUCGACUAUCUCCAGACCAAAAAGUGAUAGUACAAGAUGUUCUCAGACGUGCCGAAACAUCGAGACGCGAAGCAAAGGUAGUUGUAGACGCUGAACUAAUGCGUUCUGCUUAUCGAAAACGAGCGACAAGCGGAGAAGACUCUUUCGAACUUCGACAUUCGUUGGUGCAAAUGGAUUCCAUUCCAGACAACGUCAUCACAGAAAUGCCAGGUCGUCGAGCAUCCGAAGACACUAGCGAAGAAGAAGCGUCAUCGAGUAACAUGAGACGUCGAUUUCAACGAAUGAAAUCACAUUUGACGACGUGGUUCAAUUCUCUCGACUACGACGGCGACUAUUUUGCGAUUUUUGAAUUAACUGGAAACAAACCACAACAACAAGAACACCUCGAAGACCUUACCAUGCAAUACAUUGAUGCGUUGAGUAAGGCAAUAAUGAUAUCAUCUCAUAUUGAAUACUCACAUCAUGUGAUAUCAUCGAACCCAAGGUUCCAAUUGAUGUGCACACGUUUCUGUGAAUCAAUAUUUGCACUAGCCUAUGAACAAUUAACAGUAGAGCUUAUUGACAACGAGCAACGUAAACGAUUGAACGAGUGUUGCGGCAGGAUUGCUGAAGAAGCCCUUCAGUCCGCAUUUUACAAUUUGAUGUCGAAAACGCUGCCGGCCGAGGAUGAUGCCGAGACAAUUGUGCAGGAAAUAUCUUUACUCCACAAAUCUCGAUCAUUUGAAAAUGCCAAGGAACUCGACGACUACCUUCAGAAUAUCAACAACACUUCAACCGGUAAAUUAAUAUUUGUCCAAUUGUUUUCAUUAAAUAACGUUUUCGAUCGGGAAAUGAGCCCAACGCAGUGUUAUGAAGUACUCGAAAAUGGAGUAUCAGAAGUGUCCUCCAACGAUUCUUUCGAAGAUCCAAUAGUUGAAGUUGAAGAACUGUAUUAUGAAACAGACUACACGAAGCGAGGGCCUCUUCGACAAAUUACUGAGCUGGAUGAAGACGGAGAGACCAGUAGCUCGUCUGGAAGUUUGGUGAUAUUCAGCGAUUCGGAAAUUACGGGGAAAAUCAAUAUGAAUGUGGAAGAGUAUAUUCAAAAAAUGAUCGAUCAAGUUUCGGAAAAACAAACUGAUGAUUUGUCGGAACAAUCAACAAGCCAGGAAUCAGAAGUCGACAAGCCAUUCGAGAUUCUUGCUGAAGAACAUUCUGCCAAAAGCUACAGCGAAAGUUCAUCAUCUGAGAUAGUUGAUGACACAUCGAACUCACUAGCAGAUUGGAAGCAACAAUCCGAAGAGCUCAGUUCUCCAGCAACAUCUGGAGCUGACUUCGAAACCUCAUUUGAUCAAGAACCGGUUGCCAAACCAGUGGAGGAAGCCCUGACUCAGGAGGAGCUUGACCAUAUUGCUCAGAUCCAGUCGAUGGCCGAUCAGACGUUCGCAGUGGCACCAACUAGACCACCUCCACCUCCACCUCCAAUGAGAAUCCCGACGAUCGAUGAGCCAGCAAUUCUGAAGCAACAAUCCGAGCAGCUCAGUUCUCCAGCAACAUCUGGAGCUGACUUCGAAACCUCAUUUGAUCAAGGACCGAUUGCUGAACCAGUGGAGGAAGCCCUGACACAGGAGGAGCUUGACCAUAUUGCUCAGAUUCAGUCGAUGGCUGAUCAGACGUUCGCAGUGGCACCAUCUAGACCACCACCACCUCCACCUCCAAUGAGAAUCCCGACGAUCGAUGAGCCAGCAAUUCUGAAGCAACAAUCAGAGCAGCUCAGUUCUCCAGCAACAUCUGGAGCUGACUUCGAAACCUCAUUUGAUCAAGGACCGAUUGCUGAACCAGUGGAGGAAGCCCUGACUCAGGAGGAGCUUGACCAUAUUGCUCAGAUCCAGUCGAUGGCAGAUCAGACGUUCGCAAUGGCACCGACUAGACCACCACCACCACCACCUUCAAUGAAAGACCCUACGAUCGAUGAGCCAACAGUUCUGAAGCAACAAUCCGAAGAGCUCAGUUCUCCAGAAACAUCUGGAGCAGAUUCGGAAAGGUCAUCUGAGAAUUUCUGUUUCUCAGUUGUUUCAGAAGGAGAAUCUCCAAUGAAUGAUGCAGAAAAUUAUAGCAAUAUACUGCUAGAAAACACCGUACAGAGUCUUGUUAGCGAUUCUAUUCAAUUUGCGAUUAAAAGUUUAAACCCCGCUUCUGUCGUUGAUAUCAGCGAGAAACCAAUGAUGGCAGAAGAAGAUGAUUGGAUUACGAAGCUUGUUGCUGAAUCUGCGUUAGUGGAAACGAAUACUUGUCAGUUCGAAAGGUCAGAUAGCCAAAAUCGAGACUCUCGUCGCCCUGUGAUUCCACCUAAACCAAAGAUGAAGAGAAUACCUACAAUUGAGGUAACAGCGUAUUUUGACGAUUCAAAUACGAAUGAUCGGAAUAGCGAAGAAGAAAAUGCGGGAAUAAGCGAAAAAACAGAUACUGGGAAAAAUUCUACAAAAUCGUCAAAUGAAGAGUAUUUUUCUGAAUUGGAAAGAGAUGCUAACGACGCAAGAAAAUCUCAGACAUCAAUUCAUUACAACAAUUUGAAUAUGCUUCAAUCGGAACAGCUCAAUAAGGAAUUGCAAGGAGAUCAAAUCCUUUCUCAUGAAGCAAUUAAAUGGAUUGAGAAUCUGGUCCGUAAUAAAAUAGCUGAGACCGCAAUUAACUGGUACGACAAACCGAAAUUGAUAAAAUUGAAUCAAAAUUGCGAUAGCUACACUGAUGAAUUAUCAUUCGAUAUAAUCAAUGACGCAAUCACAUCAGCGAGUGGCCAAACAUGCGAACAUGAAUCAGCGAAAUCCGAACUGAUUCAAAUAAAUAAGACAAAUAGAGACAAAUUUGGAUCGGAAAUUGACCAGGAAACUAUGGAAGACAUUUGUUUAAAUUCUGAUCUUCAACAGGAAGUUCAGCACUUAAUCGAUAUCGAGAGGAAUUUAAAACCGGACCAAAAUAACGCAAAGACAACUGAAGUAAACAAUGACGACUACAUUCCAAACGUUCCAUUCUGCUCAGCACAGUUGUCUGAAUUACCAACGGCAUCAAAUUCUACAAUUUGGACAGAGACUGAAAUUCGUGAUGGAACUGAAACAUACGGUGCGCAUCAAAAACCAUCCGUGAAUUAUGAAAAGGAAUCUAAAUAUACAACAAGCGAAAGCAGCAGUUCUCUCGACACAGACGGUGGAUGUUAUGAUGAGGAAAUUAUGAAAACCGCUAAUUGCGAGGCACGACUCAUCGAAAAUCAAAUACAACAAAUUGCAUUAUUAUCAUCAAAAAUAAAAUCUGCAAAAUCGCAACCACCAAUUCCCAUUAGAAGAGGCACAAUACAGCUUCACAAAUCAAUUCAACUAGAUGAAAACGUCAAAAGAGAGAUUACUGAAGAAGAAACAUGCCGGCAAUCAUUUCCUCCAAUGAGAAUCCCGACGAUCGAUGAGCCAGCAAUUUUGAAGCAACAAUCCGAGCAGCUCAGUUCUCCAGCAACAUCUGGAGCUGACUUCGAAACCUCAUUUGAUCAAGAACCGGUUGCCGAACCAGUGGAGGAAGCCCUGACUCAGGAGGAGCUUGACCAUAUUGCUCAGAUUCAGUCGAUGGCUGAUCAGACGUUCGCAGUGGCACCAUCUAGACCACCACCACCUCCACCUCCAAUGAGAAUCCCGACGAUCGAUGAGCCAGCAAUUCUGAAGCAACAAUCCGAGCAGCUCAGUUCUCCAGCAACAUCUGGAGCUGACUUCAAAACCUCAUUUGAUCAAGAACCGGUUGCCGAACCAGUGGAGGAAGCCCUGACUCAGGAGGAGCUUGACCAUAUUGCUCAGAUCCAGUCGAUGGCCGAUCAGACGUUCGCAGUUGCACCAACUAGACCACCUCCACCUCCACCUCCAAUGAGAAUCCCGACGAUCGAUGAGCCAGCAAUUCUGAAGCAACAAUCCGAGCAGCUCAGUUCUCCAGCAACAUCUGGAGCUGACUUCAAAACCUCAUUUGAUCAAGAACCGGUUGCCGAACCAGUGGAGGAAGCCCUGACUCAGGAGGAGCUUGACCAUAUUGCUCAGAUCCAGUCGAUGGCCGAUCAGACGUUCACAGUGGCACCAUCUAGACCACCACCACCUCCACCCCCAAUGAGAAUCCCGACGAUCGAUGAGCCAGCAAUUCUGAAGCAACAAUCCGAGCAGCUCAGUUCUCCAGCAACAUCUGGAGCUGACUUCGAAACCUCAUUUGAUCAAGAACCGGUUGCCGAACCAGUGGAGGGAAGCCCUGACUCAGGAGGAGCUUGA